AUGUAUACACCAAGAACAGUUGCGCUGUGAGCGCCGAGUGAUUGGCGCGUGAGGUAAUUCAAAUCAAAAUGUUUGCGACACUGGUCGCCGUUCUUGUGAUAACCAUCUUCGGCUAUAUUAUCAAUACGAUCAGCAAGCCACGCAACUUCCCACCAGGUCCAAAAUGGUACCCCUUCGUAGGAUCGAGUGCGGUAGUCCAAAAAACCACAAUGCAAUACGGUUCACAGUGGAAGGCAUUCUCAAAUUUGGCUAAAGAGUACUCGACAAACGUAUUGGGACUUAAGCUUGGCUCAGAGCAAGUUGUUGUUGUGUUUGGCGAAAAGAACAUACGCCAAGUGUUCACUGAAAAGGAAUUUGAAGGCCGUCCAGACAGUUUUUUCAUCAGACUGAGGUGUCUUGGAAAACGACUGGGAAUAACCUUUGUCGAUGGACCUCUGUGGCGGGAACAGCGACAAUUCACAGUGAAGCAUUUAAAAAACGUCGGAUUUGGUAAAACUGCGAUGGAGAAAGAAAUUCAAAACGAGCUAGCGAAUAUUCUAGAGUACAUUGAGAAGAACAGAAAAACACCGAUUAAUCCGAAACUCAUUCUCGCUAUGUCAGUAAUGAAUAUUUUGUGGAAAUUCACGGCGGGUGAACGCAUAGAACAGGAGCGACUUAGUUACAUUUUAGAUUUGUUUGCAAAACGUUCGAAGGCCUUCUCAAUAGCUGGUGGCUGGCUGAACCUUUGGCCAUGGAUACGAUUCAUUCUUCCAGACUUGAGUGGCUAUAAUUUAAUAAAAAAUUUAAAUGAGCAAAUAAGCAAUAUUAUUAAGGAAGCCAUCAUCAAACAUAAAAAUGGAACUGUACAAGGCAGCGAUUUUAUAUACACAUUUUUACAAGAGAUGAAAGAAAAUAACAACAAUUUUUUUCAUGAGGAACAAUUAAAUACCAUUUGUCUUGAUAUCUUAAUAGCGGGCUCACAGACAACGAGUAAUGUUGUAGAGUUUGCUAUUUUGUGUCUUAUAAGAUACAAGUCGAUACAAGACAAGGUUUAUGAUGAGAUAAAGAGCAAGAUUGGAGAUAAUGAACCAAAUUGGACUGAUAGUUACAGAUUAUUAUAUACCAUGGCCUUCCUUUUAGAAGUCCAAAGGUUCUACACAAUAGUACCAUUAGCUGGUCCAAGAAGAGUGCUUCAAGAUACUACUAUAGAUAACUAUACUAUACCAAAAAAUACCACGGUAUUAUUAGCAGUUGGUGAUGUACACUUUGAUACCGAAAUAUGGGAUGAACCACACAAAUUCAUGCCUGAAAGAUUUUUGGAUUCUAACGGCAAUUUGAUAAAAACCGAUCAUUUUUAUCCCUUUGGAAUGGGUCGAAGGCGCUGUCCCGGUGAUUCGUUAGCGAAAUCAUUUAUUUUCAUUACGUUCGUUGGAAUCGUUCAAAAAUAUAAGGUUGAAAGUGCGAAUGGUAUUUUACCUCCCGAAGAGCCAAUCAUCGGAUUAAUAUCUGGAGCGAGACCGUUCACAGCAGAAUUCAUUCCACGGUGUUGAUGUGAUGUUUACUUAUAUUAUAUAUAUGUGAGAUUUACAAAAUCGCAAUUUACAUCACAUUUUACACAAUAAUUGGAAUUAUUUAACACUACCAGAGCUUAAGUAACACUACUCUGUAAUUUCAAAUAGCGAUAUCGAUAGUAAUCCCUAUCCCUAUGCUACUUAUAUUUAAAGAACUACAUAGAACCUGCGUAGAAAACUGUUGGGAUCUGUAUCGCUAUCGCUAUCAGAAGUUACAUUGUAAGUGGGUUGGGAGUACCCAUAGGUAAUAUUGGAGGUCGCUCAGGAUUGCCAAGUCGCCAUAAUGAUUCCGGUUCACAGUGCGCAUCUAUGAAGACUCAUAUUAUAAUAGGCAAUGCCCUUAGAUCAUUACUAGAAGGAUUGGUUUAUAAAAAACGUGUCAUCUUAAAAUUUUCAAAUCUUUUGUUUGCUAUCAAGUUAUAUAUUUCAUAAAUGUUUUAAAUUAACGCGACCUUAUAUAAAAUGUGGACUAAACAUUUAUAGUUGAUAUAUACGAUUUUCCAAUGUUUAGUCCACUUUUUAUAAAAAUGUAAACUUAUUUGUAAAGGAAGAUUAUUCAAAUGUCACAUUUUAGAAUACUUACAACUAAUUUUAGUACUCAAAAGCAUAAGCAUUAAUAAAAGUGCACUGGAACUUU